CGGCCUCCCCAGAGCCGCACAGUGCCGCUGCUUUUCGAAAGCGGCCGCCGCGGCGGCCCAACGCCACGAAGGCGUUGGGAGCGCGGGUUGAACCCGGAACUCGGUGUAUGGCCACGGAGUUACGGUGUCCAGACUCCAUGCCCUGUCACAACCAGCCAGUGAAAUCGGUGUCCACUGCAAGCGUCGAGCUGCCGCGACCUGGCGACCUGCUCCCCGACCAUGCUGGGGGCCACAGCGCCCCCGUAGCCAAGCCCGCGCUCCUGCCCGGGCACGCCCAUCCCAGCCUUCCGGACCCGCGGGACCCCGAGGCCUGCGGUGGCGGCAAGAAUCUCCACUCCGAGAGCAACGGCGACAGCGGCAGUUAUGACGCAGCCGGCAGAUACUCCCUGCUCGGGGACUGUGAACUCUCGCAGCAGAUCGGGACGCAGCUCAAACUGCUGCCCAUGAACGAUCAGAUCCGGGAGCUGCAGACCAUCAUCCGGGACAAGACAGCCAGUAGAGGGGACUUCAUGUUUUCUGCGGAUCGUUUGAUCAGACUUGUUGUGGAAGAGGGAUUGAAUCAGUUACCAUACAAAGAAUGCAUGGUGACCACUCCAACAGGGUACAAGUAUGAAGGAGUGAAAUUUGAAAAGGGAAAUUGUGGGGUCAGCAUAAUGAGAAGCGGUGAGGCAAUGGAACAAGGUUUACGAGAUUGCUGUCGAUCCAUACGAAUUGGAAAGAUCCUGAUUCAGAGUGAUGAGGAGACGCAGAGAGCCAAAGUGUAUUAUGCCAAGUUUCCCCCAGAUAUUUACAGGCGAAAAGUCCUUCUGAUGUAUCCAAUUCUUAGCACUGGAAAUACUGUAAUUGAAGCUGUAAAGGUUCUUAUAGAGCAUGGAGUUCAACCCAGUGUUAUUAUUCUACUCAGUCUAUUCUCCACUCCUCACGGUGCCAAAUCAAUCAUUCAGGAGUUUCCAGAGAUCACAAUUUUGACUACUGAAGUACAUCCUGUUGCACCCACACAUUUUGGACAGAAAUACUUUGGAACAGACUAAGUUAAUAAAGGGAAUGAUUUUGUGUAAUAUUACAGUUAUGUUUUGAAUAUCUAUCUGUUUUGUGAAUUCCUUUGAGGAAUGGCAGAUUAAAAUUAUGUUAAAGAUGCUUUGUAGUUUUUGGAAGUAGAUAUAACAAAAGGAAAUAUUUGAAUUUUAAUCAUUUUGUUUAUUUCUUGAUCAUUGGCAUGAUAUUUAGCAAUAAAUAUACACGCUUUUAGAAAAUAUUUUAACAAUACAUUCAUUCAAAUUUAUGAAUGCUCAGUACAUUGAAACUGUUCCCUAACAGAUGAACCUUUCAGCUUAGAGACUGAGCUUCCAGGAGCUUUAGAGACUGAAUAAACUCAUAAAUAAAUCCAUGAAUAAAAUCUAAUUGGAAUUGGUUCUUUGUUCUAUCGUAGUUUGCAUAUUUUAAUUUGCCUUUAGGUCAAGAGAGGUUUUGCAGACAUGGUUAUUGUUACUUCAGUCUAACUUUUUUGCUUUCUGGUACUGUACAUGUUUGUAAGAUGAUUAGUAUAAAAAACAUAGAGAAUGCCUCCUGGAAUUUCACAUUUCCAUUAAUAUUCUCACUCAAUUUGCAGAUCCAGAAUAUGUGGAUAACUCUCUACUCAGGUCAUAAUGUUUUUACCGGUCCAUUUUCUACAUUGCCUUGCCUUGGUGCUAGGUGCCUUGCAAAGCAUAACACAAUGGAGAUGACGACGGUGCAUUUCUAGAAACUAGACCUUUAUUACUAUAAUUUACAUGUAUUGAACCAAGGAUGUUUAAAUAUUAACAAGGAUAGUAGGUUAAGUCCUCUCAGUGGCAUCAGUGCUUUGGAAAAUAAUUUAUUGUGUCUUUUUCUGAGAUUUGGAAUAAAGGAUGUUUCUUGUGUCUUGUGGUUCAUAAAUAAACUAAGAUCUUUCAUUUUCAA